UACACUAGAUGAUUAAUUGCAGACAAAAUUAGUAAUAGCUUAUAAAAUUAUGUAACUAUAAAAAUUGAUUUCACCCUGACAGUGUCCUGUUUAGUAUGGUGAUUAUUAAAAACAAACUAAAGUUGAAAUUCAAAUUCUGUUCUCAAGUAUGCGACAUUAGCCAGUGACGUCACAACUUGUCAGCAGUUAGCGAUUGCGGAUUGAACAUUUAACUCUUGUACACAAAAACUUAACCUGUUUGACGACUACUGUCAUACAUGAACUUCUUGAGUCAUUGUCUAUCUAAUUGUUUUUAGUAUAUACUCAAAUUCUUUGAUUGAUUUGUUUAAAUUUUCAGUAGAAAACACGGAAAUGUUUGGUUUCAAUGUUUUUCCCGAGAUCCCUCGGCCCUUCAACACACAAUACAAAUGUUUCUCUGUGUCGAUGUUUCCUGGCAAUGAGCGUGAGGAUGUUGAACGGGGUGGCAAAAUUAUCAUGCCCCCAUCUGCACUUGAUACUUUGACAAGAUUAAACAUUGUCUAUCCUAUGUUGUUUAAACUAAGUAAUAAGAAAACUAAUAGAAUAACACACUGUGGUGUGUUAGAGUUUGUUGCUGAUGAAGGAAAAGUGUACCUGCCUUACUGGAUGAUGCACAAUUUACUUUUGCAAGAAGGGGAUUUGAUUAAUAUAGAAUGUGUCUCACUGCCAGUAGCCAGGUAUGCUCGUUUCCAACCACAAUCAGAAGAUUUCUUAGAUAUUACAAAUCCUAAGGCUGUGUUAGAAAAUGGUCUCAGAAGUUUUGCUUGUCUGACAACUGGUGAUAUUAUAGCGAUCAGAUACAAUGCACGUAUUUAUGAAAUGUGUGUCUUGGAAACAAAACCUGGCUCAGCUGUUAGUAUUAUUGAAUGCGAUAUGAAUGUUGAGUUUGCACCACCUGUUGGAUAUAAAGAGCCCGAAAAGCCUGUUACCAAUGAAGAAAAUGUUGUUAACCCAGUUGAUUUGAUGCCAGAGCCUACUGGGUUUGUUGCUUUUAAAGGUCAAGGUAACAGAUUGGAUGGAAAGAAAAAGAAAGAGUCAGUUCACACUGAAGCUCCAUUGGAUAAACCAGUUUAUAUUAGAGGAAUACCAGAUUAUAAUCACAAAAUAGGGACAUUGAAAUUUUUACGUCAUGUGAAGCCAGUCAAUAACGAGCAAGCAAAAGAUCAAGAUGAAUUCAAGGCUUUUACUGGGGAAGGAUUCUCAUUGAGAAAAACGAAAAAGUGAUAAAAGCCAUAUAUACAAGACUUUGAUUAUUUUUAUUAUAAAAAAAAGUUAAUUUACAAAACGUUGUACACAGCACAAUGCACGCUUAUAACGAAUAUCGUGUAUUGUGUUACUGGUGCAUAAAAAGAUAAAAAAAUGUGUUUUUAUAGUGUAAAUAUAAAUAUAUGCCUAAGUAUAAAAAGUCGUCUUAAGUAUAAGAUGCUAAGAUACCAAGCGGCAUCAUAAUUAUAAAUGGAUAAAUGAUUCUAAAUCUAAAGUAUCAACUAGAAUAUCACUGAAAGCU